GCGUACGAGCGGGACUACGCCGGCAUGCGCACCGCGCAGGAGCCGCAGGAGUUUGUCGAGCGGGCGGCGCGCGUCAUGGCGCUGCAGGCGGGCUUCCCACAGAUCGGCUUCAUGGUCGGAUCCGACCCGCGCCUCCUGCUGAAUCCCGCGGCACCGUCGCCCCUCACGCCGCCGCCCCAUCGCCGCGCCGCGCGCUCAAACACGCUCCUCGCCGCCACCGGCCCCCGUGCGCAGCGGCCCGCCGAGGAGCUGGAGCGUCAGCUGGUGGCGCUGCGCACCGAGCUGGAGGCCGUGCUGCCGCCCGACGGCGCCGCCCACUUUGUUGCCAACUCGCUGCGCCUCUUCAACUCCCUGCAGAAGCCGCACACCGUCGCGAAACGCGUGGGGGAGCUGCUGAUGGUUUACCACGACGUCCUCGGCAAGACCCCGCCCGCCCGCGCCAUCGCCUGCCGGUCGUCCCACAUAUUGAAUUCCCCGUCAAACCUGCGGCACAAGCUCGAGUCCCUGGUGCAGCUGCUUGGCAGGGACCAGACGCACGCCGCAAUCUGCCGCAGCCCGCACCUGCUCGCCUCCAAGGCCGAGCGCCUCAGCACCAACGCCGCCCUCUUCAUCAACGGCAUCGUGCGCGCCAACGGCGCCGACGUCGCCGGGGCCGGGGCUGCCAGCGGCGGCGGCGGCGGCGGCGGCGGCCCCGGGGGCGGGGACGUCCAAGACGCCGCCGCGGACGUCACGGUUGCUCUGCAGAAGCUGCUGUCGCGCCAGCCGCGGCUGCUGUCGACGCAGCCGGAGACCCUGGUGCGCAACUAUGCCCUUCUCAAGUGGUCCCUCGGCGCCACCGACGAGCAGUGCCUGGCCGUCGUGCGGGGCUACCCUGCAGUGCUCACUCUCAGCAGGAUGAGCCUCACAAACAAGCCGAGAGAGCUGCAGGAGCUGCUGCAGCUCAGCAAGCACGCGCUUCUGAAGAUCGUGCGGCAGCAGCCCACCCUCCUGGGCAACACGCUGGGG